AGGUCAUCCCGCGCGGCCGGAAGGAGCGGGGCGGUGGUUCCCGCUGCAGGCCGGGGGGGCCGAGGAGGCCAUGGCGGCGGUGAAGGCGGCGGGUGAGCCCCUGGGCCGGACGGCGGAGGAGGUGGCCUGGGCCGAGGCGCUGCGCGGGGCCUGCGAGCCCGAGCAUCACUGGCGGCACCGCCGCGAGUUCCUGCUGCGCAACGUCGGGGAGCUGCCGGCGGCGGGCAGCGCCCAGCUCCAGCGCCUGGUGUCCCUCUCCAUGGUGUGGGCCAACCACGUCUUCCUGGGCUGCCGGUACCCGCCGCAGGUCAUGGAGAAGGCGCUGGAAAUGGCCGAAGGCAUCCAAGUGACCGGCGCGCCUGUCCGCACCACGAGAGAUGAACUGGUUGCCAAGGUGAAGAAAAGAGGCAUAUCAAGUAGCAAUGAAGGGAUAGAGGUUCCUUCCAAGAAGCAAGCUGUUGAGAAAAGCAGAGAUUCUAAGGAUACUGGAAAGGAUGUGAAAACAACCAAGGCAGAAGCCCCGAAAGAAACAGAGAACACACUGCCUAAAGAGCAGGAAAAAGAUACUAGCAAAGAUCCAGAAAUCUCCCAGUCAACUUGCAGUUCAAAUCAUGAAACAGUCACAGCAUCAGACGUAAAAACAGAAGAAAAACCUGCUAAUGCUGAAAAUACUACUGAGCAAAGCCCACCUUCAUCGGAAAAAGAGUCAGGAGAGAAGCCUUGCUCAAAUCCACCUAAGGAAAACAAGUGUGAAGAUGUGCCAUCACCUGAAAAGAAAACUCCAGUAAGUGUAGUGCCAGCAUCUGCCAAGGGCUCCCCGCAGGCAGAGGCUGUGCCAGUGGUGGUGCCAGCACCUGCCAAGAGCACGCUGCAGGCAGAGGUGGUGCCGGCAGCCGUGCCAGCAGCUGCCAGUAGCACCCCACAGGCAGCAGCGGUGCCACUGACCACCAAGAGCACCUCACAGGCAGCAGCAGUGCCACUGGCUGCCAAGAGCACCCCACAAACAAGUGCUACAUUGCUGUCUUCCAAAACCCAAGCAAGCACUGCAGCAUCAGUGUCCAAGAGCAGCACUCAGGUGGGCACCUCACUGCUGCUGGCCCCCAAGAGUGGCACUCAGGUAGGCACCUCGCUGCUGCUGGCCUCCAAGGGCACAAAGGUAGGCUCCUCGCUCCUGGCCUCCAAGAGCAGUGCCGAAGUGGCUGCCUCGUUGCUGGCCGCUCGGAGUGGCACUCAGCAGGGAUCUUCACUGCUGACUUCCAAGAGUAGUGCUCAGGUGGCUGCUUCGCUGCUGGCCGCUCGGAGCGGGGCUCAGCAGGGUCCCUCAUCACUGGCCUCCCGGGGUGGAGCUCAGGCAGGUGCUUCCCUGCUGGCCUCAAAGGGUGGCACACAGACAGGUUCCCCGCAGCUUGCCUCCAAGAGCGGCUCGCAGGCAGGCGAAAGCCCUGCUAAGGCUUUGCGCAAACCAUUGACCAGCGAUGAUGUGAAGGAAAGACAACCUUUUUUCAACAGACUGUACAAAGCUGUAGCCUGGAAACUGGUUGCUGUUGGAGGCUUCAGUCCCAACGUAAAUCAUGUGGAACUUCUAAACUCAUCUAUUCAGUCUGUAAAAGCUACUUUAGACGUUGCUUUUGUUCCCCUGAAGGAGCUUGCAGACUUGCCUCAAAAUAAAAGCUCUCUGGAAAACAUAGUUUGUGAACUGAGGUGCAAGUCUGUCUACUUGGGUACUGGCUGUGGUAAAAGUAUGGAAAAUGCCAAAGCAGUUGCUUCAAGAGAAGCUUUGAAGCUGUUCCUCAAGAAGAGAGUUAUUGUGAAGAUCUGUAAAAGAAAAUACAAAGGUAGUGAAAUUGAAGAUUUGGUACUUCUGGAUGAAGAAUCAAAACCUUCAAAUUUACCUCCAGCUUUAAGAAAUCCUCGUGAGAUCUUGUAGGGAGCUUUGCUGUUUGUACUGUGUAUAAUAUUUCAACACAAGGACUGAAGGUUAAUUUUGUACUUUGAAAAUGUAGGCUUUCAGAUAUUUUGUAUUUCUUUCUCAGUUUUGCAAGACAAUGAUAGUCCUCUCACUUAGUAGCAAUUGUAUAAAACUUGUUAGAGAUGACAGGUGCGCAUUUAAAGGUAUGCCUUAAUAUAUAGCACACUAGUGUGCUGGUUUGUUUGCAAAAUAGUCUACCUAAGUCUUCUAUUUUUAAUUAAAUGAUUAAGGUACAAUUUGCUGUUUAAAACCUGACAAUUUUGUAAUUCUUACGAUUUAAUGGCAGUGUGCUCAAUUGUCUAUUGUGGUUUUUUUAGCCAUGUAGGAGUGUGUACAUAGGGACCAUAAUACUUGAAAGUUGUUAAAAAAAAAAACUUCAGUCAAAAAGUUGAACUCCUCUGUUUCAGGCUUGUUGUUCAUAAUGUUCACUGUUGUGCAUACUAGGAGAGAAAAUAGUUGAUUCACUUAUUUUUAUGGGAUGUUUUUGUAAUGCUCACAAUAUAAAUGACACCCUAAUCCCAUUUAACAUUACACUGGCAAAUUACCAAUUGGCAUUCAAGUCUGAGCUACAUCAGCCACCAGAACUCUGUAAGCAAGUUUAAUUUAUAUUGUGAAAUAGCACUUGCUGAUUUUUCUUGAAAUAAACAUGGAUUUCUAUACUAAGCAUAUUUUGACUGCUACUAAAACCUCUGGGAUGUGCUUUUAUAGUACUUUGGUUGUGGCUAUUGACUAUUCCAGCCAUUUCAAUAACUUUGCAACACCUGAAUAAAAGCUUUACUUUGAGUGGCCUCAAGGUGUAAUCCC